AUGGGCGCUACAUCACGCGCUUGUGCGCUCUUGUUCGCCUUAGCUGCAUCUGGCCAUGCAUCUUUUCUCCUUCCAAGAGCUGAUUCGCCAAAGGUCGAGUCCAAUGUCGCUACACCAGAGUUGGAAAUUCGAGCCUUCCCAAACGCUCCGGAUGGCUACACCCCUCAAAAUACCACCUGUCCUUCGACCCGACCCACCAUUCGUAGCGCAUCUGCUCUAUCCGACAAUGAAACAUCAUGGCUGGAGAUGAGAAGGAACAACACAAUGGAUCCCAUGCGGGACUUACUAGGAAGACUGAACAUAUCUGGCUUCGACGCCGAGUCAUACAUCACCAAAUAUGCCAACAAUGCCUCAGCCCUGCCCAACAUCGCUAUUGCUGUCAGCGGAGGCGGAUACAGAGCUUGCUUGAAUGGUGGAGGUGCCGUUCAGGCCUUCGACAGCCGAGAGAUCAAUUCAACUGCUGCUGGACAUCUUGGAGGAUUAUUGCAGUCUGCGACGUACCUGGCUGGUCUAUCGGGAGGUGGAUGGCUUGUGGGCAGUAUUUACGUCAACAACUUCACGACAAUCACAGGCCUUCUCGAUAACAAUGCUAGCCCUGUCUGGCAAUUUGGUAAUUCGAUUUUCGAGGGUCCGGCUAGCGGCAGCAUUCAGGUACUAGACUCCGCGGAAUAUUACACGGAUAUCGAACACGAAGUGAGCGGAAAAGGGGACGCUGGGUUCAAUACCUCGGUGACAGAUUAUUGGGGGCGCGCUUUAUCUUUUCAACUUGUGAAUGCGAGUGACGGCGGCGCAAGCUAUACGUGGUCGUCAAUUCAAUUGCAGGAAAGCUUUGCCAAUGCCGACUCUCCCAUGCCCAUCUUGGUUACGGAUGGCCGUGCUCCAGGAGAGACCUUGAUCUCAGGGAAUACGACAAUCUACGAAUUCAACCCCUUCGAGUUUGGAACCUGGGAUCCCACUACUUAUGGCUUUGUUCCUCUGGAGUUCCUGGGAUCCAAUUUCUCAGGUGGUAUUCUGGCCAAAAAUGAACAAUGUGUUCGGGGUUUCGACAAUGCCGGUUACGUAAUGGGAACUUCGUCCUCACUCUUCAAUCAAUUCAUCCUGGACGUGAACCAAACAUCAAUACCGCAACUUGCCAAAAGCUUCGUGAGCGACAUCUUGAGCCGUUUCAGCAAGUCUGACAACGACAUUGCACAAUAUCAGCCAAAUCCCUUUUAUGGCUACAACACAAAGACCUCUCAAGUUUAUCAGGAGCCAGCCCUCAGUCUCGUCGAUGGAGGCGAAGACCUCGAAAACAUCCCUCUCCACCCGCUUAUCCAGCCAUUCCGCCAUGUGGACGUAAUUUUCGCUGUGGAUUCAUCAGCUGACACGAACAACUAUUGGCCGAAUGGCACAUCCCUCGUGGCAACCUACGAGCGCAGCUUGAACGGUACUUCUGCUGAUGCGGGGAAUCUUGCAAAUGGCACAUCAUUCCCUGCAGUUCCCGACCAAAAUACUUUCGUCAACCUAGGUCUGAACACGCGACCUACGUUCUUCGGUUGCAACUCGUCAAAUACCUCAUCUCCCACACCUCUGGUCAUCUACAUACCUAAUUCCCCCUACAUCUAUCAAAGCAACGUCUCGACCUUCGACCCGAGCUACAAUACCAGCCAGCGCGAUCUUAUCGUAGAAAAUGGCUACAAUGUGGCUACCAUGGGUAAUGGAACAGUGAACUCCACGUGGCCUGUGUGUGUAGGAUGCGCGAUUUUGCAAAGAAGCUUGGAAAGAACACAGACGGCGAUGCCACAGGUUUGCACUCAAUGCUUCGCAGACUUCUGCUGGGAUGGCACGGUCAACAGUACGAACCCGGCAGGUUACGAGCCCGCCUACAAGCUCGCCCCCGCGAAGAAGAGCGCCGCAACACGAGAAGGUGUUUCCUACAGCUUUGCCGCUAUUGUCGCAACGGCGAUAUUGGUGACGGCCUUAUAA